ACACCCGCCCAAAUUUCUUUUCACACAUAUUGACUUCAACGGUGCUGUUUCCUCAACAGUUUCUAUACAAACUUUGAGCAACGGCUCCGAAAAAUAGGAAUUUUCCAGUGCAGCUUUGGUAACUAGGGAUUCGACCCUGUGUUUGAUCGCCAAAUUUCGCACCUUAGCGAUGCAUUUCUUUCUAUGCAUUGUCUUGUUAGUAGCAGGCUGUAUAAGUCCAGUUUCCGCCUCUCCGCCAAUAAUUGAGGCCCUGUUACCGGAAGGGAAUUUAGAUGCACCAUCACAAGUGAAGGCAAUGGAUGAAGAUGGCUUCACGUUAGAGUGCAGGGCAUCUGGUAAAACACCCAUAACAAUGUAUUGGGAGAAGGAUGGAAAGUUGUUGGCAGAACUGGAAUUCAAAUAUGAAAUAAUCACAGAUAAACAAAAAGGUGUUAGCAAGUUGAAAGUCCAGAUUCCUCGCCCUUCCCAAGAUAAUGGGAACUUCCAGUGCUUUGCAGAGAAUGCUGAAGGAAAGGUGUUCAGCCGAAAGAUUCGUGUAGUUGUUACUUACAUUGGGAAGUUCACAAAUCAGGAUGAGAAUUAUGUGGAAGAGAAACAAGUGACAGUUGGCCAACCUUUCAUGCUGAAGUGUCCUGAGAGGAACACAAAAUAUCCUCAGUUUGGUGCGAGCUACUACUGGGGUAACAAGGACAGCACAACAAACACCAUCAAUCUACUGCCACAGUCUUCGAACAUUGCCAUGACACAGAAUGGAAACCUGGUCUUCUUGUAUGUUACUGAAGCUGAUCUUAAAACCAUUGAUGAUUGGGGACGAGGAGCUAAGAAUGGCACGAUUCAGUGCAACGUUCAAGCCGGGACAACAACUUAUACAUCUCACAAGUUCCUGCUCAAGCAGGUUGGGACAGAUAAUUCCCCUCUCAAGCCAGUCUUUGUACAGGAUGGUGAGCCCAAAACCCUUGAGAGUGCCAUCCAAGGGAAAUCAAAAGCCUUGUUCUGUGUUGCUCAAAUGAGCCCUGCGCCGAACAAUGCUAUUCGUUGGGUCCGUGUGGAUAGUGUGACAAAUGACAAGUUGCCAAUUGUAGAUGGCAAAAAUGGUUUCUCCAUUCCUGAAGACAAGUCUGGUCGUAAUCUUAUCAUUUCACAAGUCUCCAAGGAGCAGCAUGAAGGAGUUUAUCAGUGCAUUGUUGAGAACAACCAGGGCAAGACAGAGUCCCAGUUGAGCCAGCUCAAAGUAUUUGUGCCCCCGGGUUGGAUUGUCAAACCCCCCCCAAAAAUGAAUAUACCCAUGUAUGGAGGGGCUGUCCUGCUUUGUGAGGCAUUUGGUGAUCCAACUCCAGCCUACGGCUGGUAUGUCAAUGGAUCAAAGAUUGUCAACUCACAACACCUUAUAGUUACAAACAACAAGCUGACAUUCAAAGCAGUUGAGUUAUACGAGCAUGCCGGUAUCUACCAGUGUGUAGCAGAGAAUGACUAUGGCAUGGUGGUCUCAACAACUGUUGUUGAAAUUGAUGCCAGAAAACCAGGCAUCAUAGGCUUUGGUCCGUUCUACAUCUUUAAAGACACCAAGGGUGAAAUUAAGUGUGACUCAAAUGCCGCUCCUGCCGCCAACCAUGUAUGGAGCAAGGACGACCAGGUUUUGUCUAUUUCUGGGCGCUACUCACUUGGCCCUGGAAACUCACUUGUGAUCACUCCAGUGCAGCAAAAUGAUGAAGGAAAAUACACUUGCAAGGCAACCAACCUCUUGGGCACUGAUACCAAAUCAAAUGAUGCUACUGUUUAUGAGAGGACAAAAAUCACUGUAAGGCCAGAUGCAAGUGUGGAAUUGAUAAAAGGCAAGCCCACAGACUUUCGCUGUCAGGCGACUGCAGAUCCACGGCUCAUGAAUAUCCUGAAAUACAAAUGGCUAAAGGAUGGUACUGAACUGCAGUACACAGAGAACAUCAAUUGGAUCCCAAACCAGCUAAGAUUAAAGCUAUCGGAAGCUGAUAUUGAUGAUGGUGCCGUCUAUACCUGUGUGGCUUAUACGGAUGACAAGCUGAAGUACUCAGAGGACAGGGCUUCCUCUAUUGCUAAUGUCCAAGGUGUGCCUUUCCCGCCAUCCAACCUCACCAUCACAAACUGCUACAACCUGACAACUGUCAUUACCUGGGUGCCUGGCUCAUCCACCGGCAAACCAAUCACCCAUUACCAGAUUGAGCAGGAAUCUGAAUUUGAGGCUGGGGUGUGGCAAAUCCUGAAGAAAGUAGAUGACCCCAAAAGUACCUCACUACAGCUGCAGCUAACUCCAUGGGCCAAACUAAGGUUCCGUAUGCGUGCUGUGAACAGUGUUGGGCCAAGCAGGGCUAGUCUGCCGACACCUGUGGGAGCAUGUGAGACAAAGGUUUCCAGACCCACAAUGGUACCAAAGAACUUCCGUGGAGUUCCUGGCAAAGCUAAUGAGUUGGAUGCUGCCUGGACGCCUUUGACCAAGCUUGAACAGAAUGCACCUGGAUGCAAAUAUGUCUUGAAAUACCGUAAAUCUGGUGCUAAAGACUGGCAAAAAGUCACUAUUGAUAACCCUUCAACCGCCAAGUAUUCCAUCCUAAAUCCUGGCUACUACGAGCUUUGGGAGUUCAUGAUCUAUGCCACGAACGACAUUGGAGAUGGUCCCCAGAGUGACAUCAUCAAAUCACGGUCAGGGCAGGACGCACCUAAAGACAAGCCUAAAAACUUGAAGAAGGGGGUUGUGACGGCUCGCACAGUCAGCCUGACAUGGGACAGAGUGACAGUGGAUCGCGGCAGUGUUGAUGGAUACAUUUCCUACCACUGGUUCAAGACCAUCGAAACCCAGAAUGACCAGGAAACACCUGUGAGGACACGCCGCCGGCGUGAGAUUCCUGUGGGUGCUCAGACCUAUAAGCUGAAUGCGACCAGCCAGCCCUCCCAGUCUGGCACAGUUCGAGGACUCACACCUUUUUCAAGUUACACGCUGGUUCUUAAGGCAUUCAAUAGUGGAGGGGAGGGACCAGAGAGUGAUGCCAUCACGUUUGACACUAAUGAAGAUGUCCCUGGUAUAGUCGCUGAUGUUGAUGUUACACCUUUUGCUAAGUACAUCUUUGCCCAGUGGGGUCCCCCAUUGGAGAGCAAUGGUGUGUUGCUAGGUUACGCCAUAGCAGCUGUUAAACAUACGCAAGGUCAACCUGAUCCACCCAUGAAUUCAGUCAAGUUCACCGAGCUCGGUACAAACAAGCUGGAGCAUUUAUUUGAAGACGUGGAACAAGAGAGCCACUAUAUCAUCUACUUGAAAGCGAAGACCAGGAUAGGCUAUGGGCCUGUGUACACGGAGAGGGUAGAUACUAUCAAGCCAAGUGCUCCUGCAAAGCCUCGAGCGCCUUUUGUUGUUGGGUAUGAAACCGACAGUGUAAAUGUCACGUUUCUAUUUGGAAAGACUAAAGGGGGGUACCCAACCGAGUUCAAAGUCAAGUACCGAAACAAGGCGAGUAGCGAUAAUAGCUACAAGGAGACUUCGUGGUCCAACCAUUUCGAGAAGCGGUGGGUGAUAGUUGGCGGCCUGUCUCAAGACCUCUAUGAGUUUAUAACUGUGGGUAGGAAUGACCUGGGUGAAAGUAUCGAUAGCCCCCCUGCUGAUGGACGUCCUGUGCCGUAUGUUGGCGUGGGUCAGCGGGCUACCCCUCUGCACAAGUCCACGUGGUUCAUAGUUCUGCUCGUGCUCAUCGCGCUGUUGCUGCUCUUCGUGGUCAUCGUGGUCCUCUAUCGCAAGAGGGGCGGGGCUAAGUACCAAGUCGGCAAGCGCGAGAAGGAGCGUGCGGGCAUGCUGGACCAGAUGCCUGAUGAAGAAGAUAACAUCGAGAUGGCAGGACGCGGAGACGAUAACCCUCCGCCGUACAGCGACGGCUCAAUAGGCAGGGGCAGUGAUGACGACAAGGACAGUCUAGAUGACUAUGGCGAAGGGCCGCAGUUCAAAGAGGAUGGGUCCUUCAUCGAAGAGUAUGGAGACGAUAAGAAGAAACUUACUGAUGGCAAAAACGACAAAAAUGCCGCGGCUACGUUCGUGUAAAAACAACUUGAAUGCCAACGAGGAAACCUUUUUCAUUCAGACAUCAGGCGAGUCCAUCGACAGUAUCCAAGCGCUGGAAAAUUUGCGUUCACGCGUGAGAAAUUCUAGCUGUACGAAGAGAUCCUGAUGUCACCCGAACAUGGACAAACCUUAAAUGUUGAAAAUGAGAAACGAGCGCUCUUCGGCAUUUUCUCGCAUUGUUUGAGCUCCCAGAUGGAAGUAGAAGUUAGGGCACCAGAUAAAAGAACAUUUCCAGAUUUAAAAAGCGUGGUUGACUUCGAGACGCAGCCGGCGGCCAGUCCUCGGUCGUACAGCGGAGUCCAUCAGCAAGAAGUAUUUAUGUUUUAGAGUUUGUAAAGGAAUUCAAACGUUAGUUGUUAAUAAUUGCCUUAUGGGAUAAGAGGAGAUAAAGAGCAAAGCCCGGCGCCUACAUAAGCCAGCAUUGCUUGAUAAACUGCCAUAUGGCACCUCGCAGCAUAAUGUGAAAACAGCCAACAGUUGGUGCAGUUUGUACGGGGUUUCCUACAUUGAAGAUUUCCAAUUUCUAGCUUUCCCUUUUCUACACGAUAGCCCAGGGGCGUAGCCAGGGGGCCCGGGCCCAGCCCCGCUCCCUUCUAGCAGCCACAAAUACAGUAAGUGUAUGAGACAUUAUCUUAAACACAGGAGAAAAUGCCUUGAAAGGGCCUUUUGGGUCCCCUCCUGUUUAAAAUCCUGACUACGCCGCUUUAGCCCUCUGUAACAGACCGAGAGUGAAGAAAGAGAAGAAAAAAGGAACCGUCACAUUCAGUCAGUUACAAGGCUCUGUACGGGAGGAAAAAGUAAAUAAAUCGUAGACAUUGAGGCUGGUUAGUUUAAAGGGGUUGUGCCGCGAAUUUUCGUUGUCCACGGGAAAUCUUGAGCAAUCUACACUGUAUUUUAUCUACUCUCGGGAUCUACUCAUUCUCUACCCAUUAAAUUACCCGUAAAUCAUUUAUCAUUAAUUAAGAAUAUUAGGUUGCGUUUAUUAAACCCUGCAACCUGGGAAUGGUUUAUCGAAACACCGUGACGUGGCCUGUUAAAUAUCAAUCCAUUUUGUGUUCAACCUGUUAGAUUACACAAUUUACUUCCUAGCAGAGACGUAGCCAGUGAGAGACGAGGCACUUGCUUGUAAAAUGUUGGAUAUAGCUACUUUUGUGUAGGGCCCUUCAUUUCCUGCCAUGCUCAUAAUUUAUUGCUGGAAACGUUUCUGCUUAGUACAAUACCUAGUGCAGUUUUUGUUUUCAAUCUGAUAUAUCAGCCAGAGAGCAUAAAAAUUUGUACUUUCUUUGUAUUGGCUAGUAAUAGAAUAUACUGUUUAGGGAAAUUUUAGUACUAAUCCUAUGACUGUCUAUAAGAUUGUAGAUUAUAAAUAUUUGUAGCGCCUUAUCGGUUUUGUGAAAUGUAACCGUAAGUGCCAAAGUAUUUGGCCUAACUUUCAAGUAGACAUUUCCUGGUUAAGAAAUCGUUCAUUGGGUAAACAUCCGAAUGAAUCUGUUGCGAUAUCUAUAAACUUUUGGUUGAUGCGAAUUAGAUUUGCACUGAAAUAAUUCAACUGUAGCUACUUGAUGCUGUUUUAGAUAUGUAAAAAAAACUUGUAUUAUAAGGCUUAAAUGUCAGAUAACCUAGAUGUAUAUUUUGCACAGUCAUUAUCACGUUUAGUUUUUUCAAUAAAUAAGUUGCAGUGCC